CCUGUUCACGAUUCAAGUGGUGUGCCCAUUUUAAGUCUGAAAGUGGUUUUGUGUAAAAACGCUGUAGGAAACUGGUUUUGAUUUAUGGCCUUCAUGCCAGCCGAGUACCGUUAUAUUCCAUCCAACAUUCCAGUAUAGACGAGGUUUUUGGUAUAUUUUGACCUCUUGUUCAGGACAACUUCAAGGCUGUCCUUCGUUGAAAUGCAAAGUCCUUACGGCAAGUAUACGCACAUGCAGCAUAUAGUUCUCGACACCACUUGACGCAGGAUGCUCGAAAGAUUUACGUUAAGCGCAUGCCAGCUGUCAGAGAGUCCUCAUUUCAGCAAAGAAUGAGCGUGAUAGAAUGGGACAGAAUGAUUUCAAGAAUCAUCACUUAAAGAAAAAUAAAAUUGCAUCCAAACAAGUGAAUUAGCAGACGAAUGGCGAGCGUUUCUACCCGAUCGUCUACUGACAUUCGGGGGUCAUACUUGAAACAGAUAACAAGAAUUUGGAACCUUAUUUGAUGUUGACGUCCAUUACUGUAGGAGGAGAAGGGAAUUCAGCAGCGUGUGCAAGACUAUAAAACUGGAUUGGCUUGCUCGGACUAAACUGGCUGUAAUUUCUUCGGUAUACUCUUCGCGAGAAACUACGUGGGAAUGAAACCAAUUGUGUGGAAGCUACAGGUAAGGUGUAUAGGAAACGAUGAAAAGGCAACAAUCGAAUGAUAAUACGCUGCUCGACGGAAAGCCCCGACAACUAAGUGAUGAACGCAUCUUCACACGCGCCUGAUGGCCCAUUUUUCCGCUCCGGGACGAAGAAAAUGGUGCGAAGCUCAUAACGGUGAGCAGAAGAGGAAAAUGGAGGGCAGUAGUCUCACGCUACGCAUAGAUACAUGGCAUUGCUGGAUGGCCAACAGUCGACCAUCAUCCUUCGUAGCGUGCGGGUUUCGUCCUUGUUUUUCUCACAAAAAUUCCACGUUUCCGUUCGUUUUCUUCGUUUGCUGCUUCUGCUGCUGCUCCAGUCUACGAUUUUCAACGAAGAUAGGAAGGAAGAAGGUCGUGGUUUAUCCGUUUGUUUGGAGGUUUACACCACUGUGAAUCACUCUGUUCCGAGAUGACCGCCUUACACUUGACGCUGAUCCUCUGCAUCAGUUGGCUAGCCGUUGCAUUCGCCGCAGAGCCAACGAGGCGGCAAACAAAAUUAGGAGACGGUGAACGUCGCCAGAUCUUUCGCGAUGAAGUGGACCAUUUGAAAAAGGUUAAACGGCCAGCCGAAACCAAUCAUGGCUACUUCCAACCGCAGGAGGACGGUAAUCAACCGCUAUACCAGGAUAGUUAUCGACCAGAUACUCACGACAAUUACAGGCCAACCUAUCAGGAUAAUUAUCAACCACCUAACCAAGACGUUGAUUACCCUUCGAAUUAUGGUGACAAACCUCCCUACCAGCAAGACUAUAAACCAUCUUACGAAGAUGACUACAAACCAAACUACCAGGAUGAAGAGAGACCGCCUUACGAAGACGAGUACAAACCGAAUUAUCAAGACGAUCACAAGCCAUCUUAUCAAGAUGAUUACAAGCCGUCGUACGAAGACACGCCGCUCUACGAGGACGACUACAAACCAAUCGAACAAGACAAUUACAAGCCGACAUUUGAUGACGCAGAAAUCUCAUUUUUUAAACCGAUCGAUUUUGACAUCAAUUUUUAUGGCGCUGGAAAUCAGAAACCCGAUGGCUACGACGGAUACGAUCAGCAUCAAGAACAGAAACCUUACGUCCCCCAACCGCCGCCACCGGCUCAAUACGAUGACUAUGAGCCGGUGAAACCCGCUGCACCUAAGCCGUAUAAACCAGCCGUCCCCAAACCGUACAAACCACGCCCUACCUACCCCAAGGAGGUGGUACUCUUGAAGCCCAGCUUGGCCCUCAAAUCGAACGCGUACGCUGACAAGUAUACUACGCCAAAUUAUCGUCCCAGCCACAUUCCUGGUACUCCUGGAGAAGAUUAUCCCAAUUAUACUGCCAUUCCAGAGACCUCUUUUGAUUGUCUAAACUUCAAGAACGCCGAUUUCAAUUACAUGUUUUCCGAUAGGGAAUCUGGAUGUCAGGUGUUCCAUACGUGUCAUGAUGAUGGUCGCCAGGAUUCCUUUUUAUGUCCACUAGGCACAAUAUUCGACGUGGAAUCGCAGACUUGUGAUUGGUGGUUCAACGUCCGAUGUAUUUAAGAGGCAUCUUCUUUGAUACUUUAUUUAAAAGUUUUUACCUAAUUUACAAGCACUUGUUCAGUUACUGAUGAAUAGCACCAUCUAUCCGUAUUGACGUAUCUAUUUUUUAAAGCAAUAUGGGAUCUAUCUUUCGUGAUUUUUAAAGAAAUAUAACUCUUGCGUCUUCA